AUGGAAAAUCUUCAAUUUACAAAAGAAAUGCGUAAUGAAAUAGUUGAUUUAUCUGCAUUUAAUUAUUGUGUUAAUAAUGAGCCAAAAAUUGAAGAACAUAUUCGUGAUGGUCAACGAACAUCAAUGCAAUGGAAUUCAACUGAAAUAAAUAGUAGAUUUACAAAUGCAUGUAAAGCAUAUCUUCCAUUAUCAAAAUCAUGGAAAACAAUAAAUAUUGAAAAUCAAUUAAAAGAUUCUCGUUCUCGUAUCAAUUUAUUUAAACAAUUAAUUAAACUUAGAGAAAAUCCUUCAUUCUAUGGUGGAAAAUAUAAACUUAUUUUAGCUAAUAAACAAAUAUAUUCAUUUAUUCGAUGGUUAAAUAAAUCAAUAUCUAUUCCAAUUUAUCUCGUUGUUAUUAAUAUGAUUGGGGCUAGUAGAAAUGAUCCAGACAAUGAAUAUGUUAAAAUUGAUUUUAUUCAAUUAUUAAAAUGUAAAAACAAAAAGAUUCUCAAGGCAAAGUAA